AUGAGGACAUGUUAUUGGCAAGUUCAGAUUGCAAAGGGUGAUGAACACAAGACGACCUGCAUGACAAGAUAUGGGUCGUACGACUUCCUGGUUAUGCUAUUAAGUUUGACUAAUGCACCAGCCACAUUUUGCACCCUGAUGAACCAAGUCUUCCAAGAAUACAUUCACGAAUUCGUGGUGGUCUACUUGGAUGACAUUGUGGUAAAUAGCCAGACAUUAGAAGAACACCUGGAGCACUUGCGGAAGGUCCUAGCCCAAUUGUGGGAGCACGAAUUAUAUGCGAAGCUAUCUAAGUGCUCCUUUGCUCAGAAACAAAUUGAUUUCCUCGGAUAUGUCAUCAAGGAAUGCGGGAUCAAGAUAGACCAACAGAAGAUUCAGGCCAUCACAUAUUGGUCGCCGCCUAAGGAUAUCCACACCUUGAGGUCGUUCCUUGGCCUAUGCAACUUGUAUCGACCAUUUAUGAAGAAUCAUUUCCUCAUUGGAGUGCCACUGACAGAACUGCUCAAGAUGGCCACACCCUGGGAUUGGGGACCCAGACGAGCAGAGGCCUUCAACGCAUUGAAAAAGGCUAUGUCUAGUAGCCCCGUCAUGGCCCUCCCUGAUUUGGCCAAGCCAUUCAAGGUACGAACGGAUGCCUUUGACUAUGCCCUUGCUGGAGUCUUGCUACAAGAUGGGCAUCCCAUACCGUAG